ACACGAGAAUGUGUGUCACAUUUAAGGGAGAAGGGUAAAUGUCCGCCAUUGACAAGAUAUUUGACCUACUUCUGGUCGCUCCGAAGGAAAAGCAAAGCACAAAGGCGCAACAGAUUGCAGAAGAAAUAGGUUUGGAGCGGGAGCCCACAGACAGAAUAAGGGGAUUUUUUUGGCAUCAUGAUAACUGGGGAAAUGGUGAUGGUCUCUCCAUCAACCGCAGGACCAGCUAUGGCAUCUGACUCAGAGCUCUCACGCCUGGGGGGCAUCGAGGCCUUGAAAUUGAAGGUGGGGCCGGUGCGGAGGAACCUUUUUGGGCCUGUGGACCAUCAGCAGCUGCAGCAGGACUUCCAGCGGCUGCUCUGCAUGAGUGUGGAGGUGGCCAACAACCGCUGGAACUUCGAUUUCCAGAGUGAAAUGCCAGGAGAGGGCACCAACAUCGAGUGGGAGGAGCUCAGGUGCCAGGACGUGCCGGCGUUUUACCACAGCUGCACGGUUAGGCCAGUGACGCUGCCACUGGGCAAAAGGCGGACGUCGUCUUCAUCAGCCGAAAGUUUCCCAGGGUCCAGCAGCUCCGGGGAUGAGUACCUGGAGGUGACCGCCAGGGGGUGCUACCGGCUCAAACGGCAAGGAAAACGCAGACAGUCUGCCAUCACAGAUUUCUUCAAGGUGAAGAAGAGGAGGCUUCUGCAUUACAAAGCAUCUUCUCGGCAGUAGAAAAGCACAACUACCCCCAGUGGAGGAUCACUUAGUGGUCGUCAUCCCUCUACACGUCACCUCACAUAGAUAUGUGUCAUAUCAUAUGUAUAUAUGUAGCAAUUUGUAACUGACUGUCAAGCUCAUACAGCAUGGGCUUAAAAACUCCUCUGACACCAUAUACCUUUAAUUUUCAGCACAAGGAAGCUACCAUUGUCCAAGUUAAUCAAGCUCAGACUUUAGAAACAUUUUUUGAUGAUAAUUACAAAUAUUCUAUAUACUGUUUUUCUCAGCUUUUGACUAUACUGUGAAAUGAUUUUGAAUGCACUCUUAACAGAAAACAGGCUCUACUUUUAAGAGUUUAAUUUUCUUCUGAACGGGCCUUGGAUAGUAUUUGACCUCAGUCCUCAACCUUUUUUCUCCCUCUUGCUAAAAGUCAUAAGAGGUUUUGAUUCGAUGAGUUGCUGUUCCUGGCCUCGCACCACACUUAGCCUUUAGUCUCACCCCAUGGCUGAGAAAGCACGAGUUGAGCCAGGGGUCACAACCUCACCCAGGGCUCAAAAUUUGGCAGUGCGACUGUAAUUAGCUCCAGGUUAAAGGUGGAGGUUCAGCGAUGAGGUAAUUCAGCCAUGCCUGUACGAUAGUGACUUCAAUUCUGAGUGAUAAUAAUGUUUCCUAUGUGACUAUUUAUUUAUUAUUCACGAUGCUAGAUCAUCGUCAAAAUAAAAAAAAAAAAAUAGACAAGCAAUGUAUAAAAACAAUUAGAUAAGGUGUUUGUGGAAACCUGUGCCAUUGCCCCCAAAUUAUGUGUUACACUAUAAGUCAUUAUGGCUCAUAUACACUCCACCGUUGCCGCUUAAAAAUAUUGGCCAUAUAUAAUUUACACCAUCAAAAUACAGCAAAAAUUAUACCAACUUCAAACUAUAUUCCUUUUUUGCUUUGUAUUAUUUGCAUAAUGGGGUUGUAAAGAUACAAUUUUUUUUUGGCAACAGACCAGGACAUACCUUAUGUAGUUAUAUGUUUUUGUCAGCUUUAUGCUUGUAACAAUGUAGCAUUUUCCACUCUUUGUCUUCAUGCCAUGUCCACCUUGUAGGUUUAAAAAAACCCUCUUUUCUCCACGAAGGGAAUGUAGAGUUUUAUCACUGUUUUGUAGCUCAGAGGAGUCUUUUAGUAAUUUUUUAUACGAAGAGUCGAGCUUCUUCACAUUUUCUGUUGCCUUGCAGUCCUAUAAGUGUUUGCAUUGUGUAUAUGUGCAUAUACGUGUUUGUGUAUGAAUGUGUUGGUUUGGUGUUUACCUUGAGGUUUUUCGCGAGUUGUAAAAGUUGUGGCAGUUGAACCAAAGAGGAAUUACUGUCCCAUUGAAUUAGAAACACAUCAUUUAUAUAAGUUGCUCACUGUUUGAGUGAUCAAUCGUGAGUCAUAGAAGAUCUCAAACAUGUCAAGACCUUCAAAUAUAUAGUGUAGACACACCACAACUAACAGUUUUGGUGACUCAAAUAGGACGUGCCUACUGAUUUUUUUCCCUUCCUACAGUCAUUCUAAUUUGUAUGUGGAUAUAAAGCCAUAAUCUGGAUUAAUCCACUCUUACUACCUCAUCAGUAAAAUAAACAAGUAAAAUACAAAAAAAACCAAACCAAACCAAAACCAAUGUAGCUCAAGUUGUUUGCGUCUACAGGUGAAAGAGAGGCAGAGACAAAAACAGGGGAGGUGAGGGUGUUAUUAUUCUGGUAAAUAAAAAGCUCUCGAGGUUCAGCGCUCCGAGUAGAGUUUCAUAUCAGGUAAAAGAGUCAGUGUGUCAGAGUGAGGCCCAGUUCCACGCAGAGGAAACCCCGGUCCAUCCGGGGGGGGGGGCUUUUGUUGUCUCUCCCUCUCUUUACCUCACUUUCCCAGAAAUACAGCAGAGGAAUAGUGGUGGGUGGGGAGAAGCAUGAGGAAAAGGGACAAACUUGUAAUAGGGAACCUUAAGGACAAAAUGUCUCAGACCCCUUCUGGAUCAAAGGAUUUUGUCUGCCCCCUUAAAAGUCUCUCAGUCUCUCUUUCAUGAACCAACCGCCUCGGUCUUUGCGAAAAAUCGGCACGAAAGCAGUUGUUCAUAAAUAUGUUAAAACAACGUUGGUUUCUGUCAUGGCUCAAAAAGGCGAUCUUUCACAGAUCUAAAAAUAGCAAACAUGGCUAUUUAAAAUUGUUUUCAAUUUGUCAGGAUUAGUGUGUUUGUCAACUUCUGUGUGUGUGUGUGAGACAGUGUUUGUGUGCACCUAUCUUAGUGUGUUAAGAGGAAAUUUUCAAAAUCUAUAUUAAGUUAUUUUGAGUUUGUAACAUUUUCAACUAACUGUUAUUUCUGAAACUAUAUCUUUGCACUACUUUAAGCAUUAUUGACAAGAGAAUUAUUUUUUUAUGGUAAUCUUAAACCCCUUAUAUAUAUAUAUAUUCACUGAGAAACUGAGGCACAGAUUAGGAAUUUCUUGCCAAUUAAUUAAAUAUUUUUUCCCUCCAAUCAGACUUGUCACACUGUUAGACAGUUUCUAACAUUUCUUCAUCGUUCAUUCAAUUCUUAGGAUUUCUUUGUAGCUUUGUUAGUCUUCCUCAAGUCCGUUAGGAGGAAAUAAAAUAAAAUAAAGCAAAACUAAAACGAUAAAUGUCCAGGUUGAUCAGUUAGUGUCUCACUGUGCCCAAGCGUUCCUAAUUCAGCUGUCGCAUCAAAACGUCGUGUUUGAUUUACUUUGUAUAUGCAUGAAUGUAUGAUAAUCUUUGUUCACCAUUUGUAAUAAUUUUAUUGUAAUUUAAUACUGGUUUAUGUAUCCUUGCAACAUGUAAGAAGUGUAUUUGUAUGGGAUCAGAAUCAUCCUUUUUGAUACUAUUUGUAUAGAAAAUAUAUUGCUGGGUUGUUGGUGCACUGUUGCCUUUCAUAUUGUUGAUUUCAUAUAGUCUGAUCAAAAUAAUAAAAUGUUAAUGAAUGAGACAGAUGUAAACCACAA